AUGGGCAUGAACACGGCGAAACGCAACGUGUUGAAAGUGACAGGACGUUCAUUUUGGGAUCGUUUGGAGUGCGAAAUCAGGCUGCAUAUGGAAAAACAAGAGAAGCCGGUAAGUGUUGUAUCUUGCACGUAGACGUAUAGUUUUGUAAAAUUUACAACAAGCACGAAGCCAAUAUAAACAUGCAUGUUUUUAUGGCUUCCGUGUGAACAAUGUUUAUGACUCUUCCCAAUGAAAAAUGUAUUCUAUACAGUAUUUACAUGCAUGCAUGCAUUUGUUUUAUUGCCUUUAUAAUCAACCGAUCACAGAACCUGUUUAUAUAUAUAUAUAUAUAUAUAUAUAUAUAUAUAUAUAUAUAUAUAUAUAUAUAUAUAUAUAUAUAUAUGCAUAUGUAUUUUCUGCCGACAACGCGCGACAUAUUAUCGAUUGCAUUUUUUAUUAUUUUUUCAGCCGCUAACGUGGUUAAACCCAUGCUCGAAUGUGUGUAUUGAUGGAAACUACGAAUCAGCGAUUAGCAUCAGAGUUAGUGAUAUUCACGAGUUCACGAGCAUAAGUAACAAAGUAAGUUUUACGACUUUUUUUAUCGUUUUUAACUCUUUUUCCCCUGAGCAUAUAUACGCAGGCCGAAAUAAUUCCAUAGUUGCCAAAUUUGCCAAAUAAUCUGAAGACUAUAUAUAACCAUUGAGAUUAAUUGUUGUAGUUUUAUAUUAUAUACAGAUACCUUAAGUUGAAUGUCACAAAUUACAACAUCCAGCAGUAUUAUUAUUAUAUAUGAUGUCUCAAAAGGCUUUUUGUCUUCUUGAAUUAUACAGGAGACAAAAGAGAAUAUUUCUAAUUCAAUUGGCAAUCCGAAACACUUAAGUGACACCGUCGCUUUCGCUAUGAAUGAAAUGGCAACACUUUCUCAGGUGCGAAGAAGAGUUAAUAAGGAGCUUGUGAGAAAUGCGAAAGCAUACAAGAUACCCAAGAGAAUACUAGGAAAAGAUCUCUGCAAUGCGAUUGAAUAUGGUAUGCAAGUAUGAUAUGUUCUUAUGACCCAUUGCCCAAGUUUUCGGUUAUACGAAAAAGUAUAUUGCUCAUUGUAUGAAACGACUUUUUCAUAUGUUUUCAUUAUUGUUUUACUGAAAUCUAAGCGGUUGGCUCAUUCCACUCCUGGCAAUCCGCCAUAUUUUGAGAUCAGUGAGAUGACCAUGCACUCAUACUAUGCCAAUUUUGAAACGGCUAGUAUAGCUAUAUAGCCUUCCUUUUCCCAGGUGCAUGUAAAUAGCCGUGCGGCAUUAGUAUACUCUCCCGUUGGCUACUUGGCUCGCUACAAUAUUUAAAACACGUUUUAAUAGGAAUGCUUCAUAUUUCAUUUCAUAUUCAUAUUUAAAAUGCGAGUGCUACGCAAAUUUGCAUUUUAGAUACGAUAAAACGCGACUAUACAAGCGUUUUGAAUAGCUUCAGACACUACUACAUCGAUGUCGUCUCAUUAUAGUAUUCUUCAUAUAAAAAAUACUAUAAUUAGGAUGGACUUUGAGAUGAGAAUACCAAUGAAGAUGAGUUUUAUUAGGUGCAAAGCCUCUUCGCGUGACAUACUAUGGUUGAUAUGAUUUGCAAAUAAGCUAUGAAUUAUUAAUAAUGAGUGUUUGAAAUAUAUAUAUUUACAGCUUGCGGUUUAAUAGAGGAUAUACCGGCAAAUAGUGAUGAAGCAGAAAUAAAUGAUGAUGAGCAAAAUAUGUGUAAACUUCCCGAAAAUAAAAUGGAAGAGUUACGGUUAUUGCUCGGAAAUAUUGACGCAAGUGUAGGCAAGUAUCCAUGUUGGUGUAUAUAGGUUGAAGGAUUUUAACUGCCCUAAAUAAUCGGCAAUAAUGAUAAUUAACCAAAUUUUACCAUUUUUUAGGUAAUACUUUACAAGACCCAAUGCACGAUGACUUGGACCAGCGGCUACCCAUUGACGUAUGUAACAUUAUAUACAUUUUUAUACCUCCUAGUAUAUUAAUGGCAUUUUCGUCAAGGAAAGAUUGUUUGUGACUGCAGCUCAGCUUUAAUUCUAUUUAAAUUAUAGUACAAUUUCCAAGCUGUGGACAAGCAGUAUAGAGCGUAAUAUAGUUUUUCGUUUUACCUCAAAAAACCACAACAGUCUGUUUCAUCCGUAUAGGAAUCAUCAGGUGGUCUGAAACAGACUGUUGUGAUUUUUUGAGGUAAAACGAAAAACUAUAUAUAUAUAUAUAUAUAUAUAUAUAUAUAUAUAUAUAUAUAUAUAUAUAUAUAUAUAUAUAUAUAUAUAUAUAUAUAUAUAUAUAUAUAUAUUAAUUUAAAGUUUCUGCUUCACAAUUUUUACUAUAAGUCGUCUUUCACCGUGUUGUUUGCAAUACCUUAUAAUUAUUUAUUAUAACUUUAUUAUUUAUAACUUUUUUUUAUAUUUAAGGAGCUGUCGCCAAAUACAAAAUUUAUGUAUGAUCUUCGAUCUCCCAAGGGGAAACGAAAUUACGAGAAGGUUGAUAUUUUUCUAUAAAUGUAUACCUUUGAACAAUAAGGGGUGGACCCAUCAAUGCGUACAGGAAAAAAUGGUAGGGACAGAACCGCAGAAAGAAAUUUGCCCGCCUUUCCAAAAAAAAAUUCUAGUGCAAAAUUCCCUAAAUUUUUAACACGUACACAAAUUAAUUAAAAUUAUAGCCAUUUGAAUUUGAAACAGAUAGUAUAAAAGGUUACCUACAAAAACCACAUGCACUUAUACAAACAGGUAGAGUGGUUAGUGGGUUUUUUCCUGGCCUAAAAUUUCUCAUACGAUUUCUGAAAUUAUAGGGUCUUAUUGAUGGACUAAAAAUUGCCAAGCAAAGGCAACGCCAGGAUGAUGAACAACGUGUUAGUGAAUGCGAUGGUGAGUUAAUUUUUCUACUGACCAUACGGACUAAGAGUUAAAAUACACGUCGGGCAUAACAUUAGGGACUAGGGAGUUUGGCAACCUAGAACGGCAACUACAACGGCAUGACGGCAAAAUAUAAUUGCUUAUAUUGUUGUAUUUGAGCCAAUGGCAAUGUAUACGUUACUACACCUAAUUUGCCUCUUUAAGUAUUCCUGUUUCUCUAAAACAGCCCUUAAGUACUGAAAAAUAGUCCGCGAAUUCAAAUAAAACACCUCAAAUAUCAUUGAACAAAUUAACUUUGCCGCAGUCAUGCACCGUGAAAAUGAUGCAAAUCACAUAAUUAUACCAGUUCAACAACUACGGUAUUGCACAACGCUUAAGAUCGUACAAACUCACUAAUAUUUGCCAAACUCCCUAAUGUCAAUGACGUAGGCUCAUUUCAGUAAAAGAGAUAGUGAUAUGCCUUGUGAAUAUAGUUUCUAGUUACAUUCGGUUCAAAUAUAUUCAACUUUUUCAAGUAACAAUGAAGUAAAUCAGUAGAGCACAAUCUGUUUGAGCUACAAAAUUGGCGUCGCUACAAAAUUGGCGUCGCCAAUUUUAACGAAAUUUGCGUUGCAUUUUUCACUGUUUAGUGCUUGAAAUAUUUGCUAAAGUUGACUGGGAAUACUUAGAGAUUUCAUCGUAGAAGGGCGUAGUUAUAUUUAUUUGCUCUUUGACUAGAAUGUUUAGCUGUAUUAUUGCUAAACAUGCCGUUUUUGAGAAUUUGGUUUGCAACUAGGUUUCAAUAUCCAACCACGCCAUCAGCCCAUUGAAAACAUUAGGUCACGUCAGCUAGUUUCCUAUACAUUUAUUUUAUUAUCCAUGGUUAAACUGAGAACAUCCGAUUUAUAGUUUACUAUAGCUGUAGUGUAUCAGUAACUCAAUUAUGCCAUUAUUAUUCCUUUUAUCCUAUAUAGACACUUCAUCAGCACCAUCUUGCUCUACUGCUGUAGACACACGUAAGUUUACAUUUAAGUUCUGCACAUUGCAUUUUAGAUACAGAAAAUUAAGUUCAUUUUACUUUUAUACUCGGUAACAGUCGGUGUCGGUGUAAUAUACUACUCGGCUAAAGCUGUGAAAUAUGUGAAUGAUGUAAUUAUACUUUAUUCAUUAAUGUAGCCUAUACAGGGUGUAUCAAAAAAAGCGCAACCUCGGAAUUUCCCAAGAAAUCGACAUUGUUUUAAAGACAAAAGAUUUUAGGCGCCUGGGAAUUUAAAAUAGCACAACUGUCAAAAUUACUGCACACGCGAGUGCAUAAAGCAAAAUUUAUGAAUUUAUUUAAUGCACAACAACAGUAAUAUGAUCUAUUAGCAAUUCGAUUUCAAUUCCCAGCGGCCUAAAAUCUUUUAUGCUUAAGAAUUGCACCGUGAUUUCUUAGGAAAUUCCGAGGUUGCGUUUUUUUUUUAUACACCCUGUAUAAACUGCGGUAUGCGCCCAUUUAUCAUAGCCUAAUUCAAAAUUUAGAUGUCAAACGUCCAAGGAGACAACUGAGGUUUGCAGAUGGCACAAUAGGAGUUGUUAAUAUAGAAUGUAAGUAGCCUAUUCAUUUCACAACAGUAUAUAUAUUAUAAAAACCUGCAUAUAUACAUGUAUGUUGUGGUUACUUUAUAGGUAAAAGUAUUUCUUACUUUAUAUAGGUAACAGUGUUUGUUACGUCUUUAUAGGUAACAGUGUGAAAAAUAAUACCGAUACAGAUACCGUUGACGAUCUCUGUGUGUUAUGCCAUCGCAAGUGGCCACCCAACAUGAAGGGAAUGACAGCUUCAUGGGUCCAAUGUAACUCGUGCAAUAAAUGGUUUCAUUU